AUGGUGGUUCUUGGUUAUGAUGUGGCUAACAUUCUUAAGCAAGUGAGAUGUCUUAAAAAACUCGGUCCCAUCGGCGCAACUGUGCCAAUAUUCGCGAUCAUUCGGGAGCCAGAGGUGACCAUAAGUGGAGAAGUUAUUGCAUGUACGACCAAGUUCAAAUAUUUGGGAUCGGUGAUUCAGACUAAUGGGGAGAGUGAUGGAGACAUUACUGAUCGUAUACAAGUAGAUUGGCUUAAGUGGCGAGCAGCAAUCGGGGUGCUGUGUGAUAAAAAGUUCCCGAGGAGAUUAAAAGGUAAAUUUUAUCGCGUUGCAAUUAGGUCGGCGUUGUUAUAUGGGACAGAAUGUUGGCCCGUAAAGAAGGUUUUCGAAACGAGAAUGGAAGAUAAAAACCAGGAGUUCAGGGAGAAGUUAAGGAUUGCACCUCUCUCCGCAAAGAUGUGGGAGAAUAGGUUGAGGUGGUUUGGGCAUAUGCAGAGAAAGAUACAUGACGCCCCAGUAAGAAGGAUCCAAUGCAUCAUAGUGGAGGGUAAGAGAAGUCGAGGAAGACGUAGGAGACCGUGGGAGGUACAAAUUAAAAGAGACAUGCAUAAACUUCACCUCUCCAAGGACCUAACCAGGGAUAGGGGCAGUUGGUGGCGCCUUAUCCACGUCUUAGAUUACUAA